AUGGCCCUAAUCUGGGGGCAUGCCUCAAGCUUUGCUUGGAAGCCCUUUGAUAUGCCAGGGAUUGAUCCAGAAGUAAUGACCCAUAAGCUGAACAUCCUCCCUGGAGCCAAGCCAGUGAAACAGAAAAAGAGAGUCUUCGAGAAGGAGAAACAGCAGGCUACGAGGGAAGAGGUAGAGAAGUUAGAAGAGGCCGAGUUUAUUAGGAAAGCAAUCUCGGAUAAAGAGCAUAAUAAUGCACUGCCGAGUUUAGUGGAAGAAGGGGAGGGGAGUCAGCUCCAACAAGAGUUCAUGUUGAAUCUAUUUGUAGAUGGGGCAUGGAACACCAUAGGUAUUGGGGCAGGAAUUCUGCUGAAAGGGCCUCACGAGUUUAAAGUAUGCUAUGCCUUGCAUUGUGGGUUUUCGGCAUCUAAUAACAAGGCAGAAUACGAAGCUCCUCUGAAUAGAAUGCAUAUAGCUUUAGGAGUGGGGGCAACCGACCUCAGAAUAAACAGUGAUUCUCAACUAGUAGUGAACCAAGUGACAGGAGUGUACCAGGUAAAGGAUACCAUCAUGUAG